GAGUUUUUCUGUUUCAGGAUGUGUCGUAGGAGGAGUUGUCCUGUCACCGUCGGGUGAAGUUGAAAAAAAACUCAAUGACACCUACGUCGUGACAUGCUCUGGACCUGCGAGUAACAGCAUGGCUUGGUUCGGCCCGAACGGCGUUAUGAUCGACGCCAAAAAAGGAAGAAUUCACGUUGAAGAGAGGUAUGAAGGGAAGGGCUUUCAACUUUUGCUCUUGUUCGAAUACAUUAUGAGGAACGACAAAGGGAACUACACUUGCAAAUCUUUCAGCAGCGACAGUGCAAACUCCUCCGAAUCGUUUACCCUCCUAGUGAUUAAACCUAUCGAAUUCCAGGGGAAUGUGUCUCAGCAAAUAGCGCUGGAGGGCAAAAGCACGAUCGUUCGCUGCGAAGUGACAGGGGAUCCUCAGCCUUACAUUCAAUGGUAUUUCAAUAAUGAAAAAGUUAAUGUUUCAGACGGCGAAAAAAUGAGAGUUAUGCCAUCGGGGCUUCACAUGUCUAAAGUCACCCUCGAAAACGAAGGAGAGUAUGAAUGUCGUGCAUUCCAGUACACGCAGAAGUCCAGCAAUAUGUUGAAAAAGAAGAUCAACUUGAUCGUUAAACAUAUGCCGAAGUGGCCGAGCGAAAAGAAAAGUAAAUCAAGCAAAGCAAAGAACGUUACCGAAGUAGAAGAAGAAAAAAUUAAGACAGAGAUCGUCUUCGGUUACUUCGGCGGAGUUGCCAACAUAACGUGCUACGCGAUAGCCAACCCUUUCGCCGAUUAUUUCUGGACGAGAAACAAUAAAACACUCAAUCCGAAUUGGACUAGUGUUAUUACCCACACGAAGUAUUCCGUUUUGCAGGUCAGGAUGUUGGACAGCAGUGUCCUGGGCGACUACGAGUGCUUCGCGAAAAACGAGUUUGGAUCCGCUUGGAAGAUUUUCCAUCUUAAACAGGGCUUUAAACCUUCUGAACCACGCCACGUGACAGUGGCAGCAGUCGGCGCCACAUCGGCCCACUUUCGUUUACACGCCUACGGUAAGGAUCACGUAAUCGGAUACAGGAUACAAUUUAUCAAGAGGUCUCUAAGAAGCAACAUCGAAGAAGGCGACUACCAAGACGUUUUCACGAGAAACGGUACACCUUACGCGAUAGUCAACCUCCAGGAAAACACGGAGUACGUGUACAGAGUGGCGGCCAGGAACGCAGCCGGACUCAGCGACUACUCGCCCAUCCAGUCUUUCAGGACAAGGGAACGGAGCGUCGCGUCUGGUUCUUGCGAGAAGUCUUCGCUAUUCUUCCAAGUCGCGGCGAUCGCCUUAGGACUUAUCACGACGCGUAUGCUUUAAAAGAAGUCUUUCUAAGCAAACGAACCGUCGAGUUUAUCGUAAAAGCUUACAACAAAAGACAAUCAAGAGUCUUUUGAAAAUCGGGGGUGUUAUCGGCAAGAUGUGUUCAAAAGACUUAAAAUGAAUUAUUAUAUAUAUAGUUGUUCCGUUCGAUGUUGUUACGGCGAUAUUUAGUAUAUUAGCUUUGUUGUAUAUUUUCAAUCACUAUUUUAUUGACUAAAUUAAUCGACAAACAUCAAAAUUGUGCUUGUCUUCAAACUCUGUUAGGCAAAGUUUUGUAACGUAAUUAGCUACACUAAAAAAAAUUCUCAUUCAAAUAUUGCGCCUUAAUGAUCGUUUCGUCGUUAUUUCCGUGCGUUAUUACCCUUGUUUUCUACACUAAUUAACCUUAAACUAAACUCUUAAUUAAUAAAUUACCUGACUGUACAUUGUUCUGACCACGAUUAAAUAAGUAAUUAAAAGCUCUUGACGAGCGUAUCACUUGUAUAUAUGUAUUUAUAAUUAAAAGUAAGCCAUAUGAUCAGAAA